CCUGUAAGGGAGAAGCAGGAAGAGGCGGACCAAAGAUGAGAAGUUCAACGUCAUUUUCCAGAAGUGAAAGUGUGAGAGAGCAGCAGCAGAGCUGCAGUCGAGUCCUGUUUGUCUCUAAAAGAAGAUUCACCGGAGUCCAUCAGGUUUCUCUCAGCAACAGUGCAAUAAAGCUGCGUGUUUUGAGUUUACAUCUGCCUCCGAGUCCUGCAUUUUGGGUCCUUCCUCCCUGCCUGCCUGCACACAGCCAUGACAGAAUGACACGACCACAAGAUGGACCCAGCGGACUCAGGUGUUGCCACGACGGAGGAAAUGCUCAAGCAGUUGAAGGAUUUCUGCCAAAGCGUAAUCCACGCUGCAGACAAUCACAAGAGACUUACUCAGAUAAGACUGGGACAGAAAUGUACCUGCAGAAUGCCCACCAUCAAACCUGUCCACAGGACCUCCGUGCUGUGUUGAAAGAGCUGGCUGUACUGAAAGAGCAGAUAAAGGUUCUACAGAAAGAGAAUCGAGAACAAGAGGAAAACCUGGAGACUCAGAAGACUGAGACUUAUGAGCUGAAGCAGCAGCUAGAAGAACAAGAGGAAAACCUGGAGACUCAGAAGACUGAGACUAAUGAGCUGAAGCAGCAGCUAGAAGAACAAGAAGAAAACCUGGAGAGACAAAAACGUGAAUUGGAGACUCAGAAGACUGAGACUUAUGAGCUGAAGCAGCAGCUAGAAGAACAAGAAGAAAACCUGGAGACUCAGAAGACUGAGACUAAUGAGCUGAAGCAGCAGCUAGAAGAACAAGAGGGAAAGCUGGAGAGACAAAAACGUGAAUUGGAGAGACAGAAGACUGAGACUUAUAAGCUGAAGCAGCAGCUAGAAGAACAAGAGGAAAACCUGGAGACUCAGAAGACUGAGACUAAUGAGCUGAAGCAGCAGCUAGAAGAACAAGAAGAAAACCUGGAGACUCAGAAGACUGAGACUAAUGAGCUGAAGCAGCAGCUAGAAGAACAAGAAGAAAACCUGGAGAGACAAAAACGUGAAUUGGAGACUCAGAAGACUGAGACUUAUGAGCUGAAGCAGCAGCUAGAAGGACGAGUUUGGGACGGUUUUCCACAAAAACGUAAAUUGGGGAGACAGCAGACUGAGACUUAUGUGCUGAAGCAACAGCUAGAAGAACAAAAAGAAAAGGUGGAGCGUCAGAAGGCUGAGAUCAUCCAGCUGAAGAAGAAGCUACAAGUCAAACAGUUGGCUUUCUCAGCCUCUCUGCUGGAUCAAGGCCGUGGAAAUACUGGACCCUAUAACAGUCAGACUACUCUGAUCUUCAAACGUGUUGUCACAAACAUUGGAAAUGCCUACAACCCAUACACAGGUAUUUUCACUGCACCAGUGAGAGGGGUCUACCACUUUGUCUGGAGGAUAUUUGGACAUGGAAACAUUGGUGCAGCUGCUGUGUUGUUCAGGAAUGAAGAGCACAUUUUUAUUGUAUCUGAACAACAAACAUCUGGUGGUGUGAGUGCCUCUAAUGGAGCCUCACUGCUUCUAGAGGUUGGAGAUCAGGUGUCGGUACGUCUCUGGGCUAAUACAAGGAUACAUGACAAUGAAUAUCAUCACACCACCUUCAGUGGUCAUCUGGUUUUCACUAUGUGACAGCUGAAACACUUACUGUUUGGACUGCCCUGUGUGGGCGGAGCUUAGCCAUUUUUAGAAGUAAAACAGGAACUAAAUCACCUGCUGAAAUAUGUUCAUUGCUCUCUCUCUCUUUCUUGUUGGGUUCCAGUUUUGUGUUUAUUUGUUUCUACCUUUCCUCUGAUUCUACUGACUCAGAUAAUUUACUUCUUCUUGUUAUCUUUGAUUCAAAUAAAUCCAGUUAAAUGGUCA